AUGAGUGUCUUCUUCCUUAAUAACCCUUCCAUUGAUUUCAACCUGAAGGGACUGGCCGAUGCCUUUGAUUUACCUGGUCUCAGAGAAAUGGUGGAGGACAUUAUUGCAGAACAGAUAGCCAACAUAAUGGUUUUACCCAACAGAAUAGCUGUCCCUAUGGUACCAGAACUGAACCUGGCCCUCCUCAAGUAUCCUCCGCCUGAGGGUGUUUUACGGAUUUACAUGGUGGAGGCCAGAAAUCUGGUAUCAGCUGAUAUGGCUUUGGUCGGAAAAGGAAAAUCAGAUCCAUACGUUGUUUUGAAAUUUGGUCCUGAGAAAUUCAAAACCAAAGUCAUCAACAACACAAUUAACCCUGUUUGGAAUGAAGUUUUUGAGACUGUAAUAGACUGUAAAGAUGCCCAGGUGAUAGAUUUAGAAAUCAGGGACGAGGACCCGGGAAGUAAAGACGACAAAAUUGGGACGGCAGCAAUUGACAUUUCCAGCACAAUGACUGAGGGAACAGUGGACUGUUGGUUGCCCUUGGAGAAUGUUAAGAAGGGGGAUGUUCACCUUAAGUUAGUGUGGAUGUAUCUGGCUAAUGACCCAAUGGUCCUGGAAAAGACUAUGAAACAGACAGACACGACCUCUGAACUUGCCACCUGUGUACUAAUGGUCAACCUGGACUCUGCCCGAGACUUACCUUAUAGUAAUCAUGUACAUAGAGUAAAAAAACAGAUAGCUGAGCCCAGUCCUUUUGUGAUUCUCUCCAUCGGACCAAAGACUUUUGAGACGGAGGAGAAACCUAACACAGACAGCCCUGUGUGGGAGAAGCCAUUCCGAUUCCUGGUCCAGAACCCCCAAAUUCAGAAACUGGACAUUCAGAUUUUUGACAAGAAGAGUCCAAAAGAUUCCUUGGGUGAACUAAUCCCUUUAAAAACUUUGUUAUCUGCGCCUGAUAUGACGCUGGACCGAGAUUUCGCACUCAAGAACUCGGGAUUGGAUAGCAAGAUCAAUAUGAGACUGUGUCUUAGAAUCUUGACAACAGAAAACAACCCAGCCUGGAGAGAUGAGGGUAGCAUGCUGAACACAAAGUCCAGUAGUGUGGACCCCCCUCCUUCCACCUCUGUAGAUCCUCCCACAUCUCAGAACAAGGGGACGUCAUCCACAUCUGACUCUGCCCCAAAAUCUCAGCCUUCACGUCCAGCAGCUGCUAAGGAAGCCAGCCCUACCAUAAAGAAGGUGGAUGUCACACAGGUCAAUGCAGCGAAGCCUGAGGGACAGGUGAUUCCCCCGGCCAGCAACACAGGCCCCCAGACAGUGACCAGUACUGAGGCCAGACAGAGGAAAACCAAGUCCUCCCCCGCCCCAGCUGAGUCUGAUACCAGAGGUGCCUAUGGCAGAGGAAGGAUUCAGUUGACCUUCAGAUACAGCUCUCAGAGACAGAAACUAGUGGUGGUAGUUCAUAAAUGUCUGAGUUUGCUGCCCUGUGACAGUGACAAUUUGGCAGAUCCUUACGUCAAAAUGUACCUCCUGCCUGACAAGUCCAGUAGUGGCAAACGCAAAACAAAGGUCAUCAAAAACAACCUGAAUCCUGUCUUUGAUGAAACGUUUGAAUUUCCCCUGAAGCAGGAGGACAUUGCUGGUCGUGACUUGGAGCUGACCAUUAGGAACGACACCAGCUAUUUCUCCUCCAACAUCAAAGUCAUGGGAGUGGUGACUAUUGACCUGUCCAAAAUGGACAUCUCCAAAGCUGCCACAGAAUGGUUUGACCUUCACCCAGAGGACAGUGAUGAUGCAGAGAAUCCUGUCUCUGUGGAAUCUGAUGUCUGAGCAUGUGCAGAGAAAGUAGCUCUUGAAAGAUCUGAAACUAUUGUUGUCCAAGUGCUCACCUCAUGAGAACAAAAUUGUGAUAGAUAAACAUGACAGUAGUUACCAAGAUAUUAUUCAUGUUAUGCUCAGUAGAACCAAUAUUUUUGUUAUAAAUUGUAUGCUUUAUUGGGAGAGGUUUAUCAUGUAUGGUUGGGAAAUUAUGUUAAAACUCUAGUACUGGUAUAUUAUAGGGAUAUUAAAUGCAUUUAAAUUUGCAUUUUACUAUUUCACUGCCUUUGUCAAAUGUUUUGUGGCAGAAUUAAAUUGGGAGUUGAGUGGUUGAUGCUUGCAUCCUAUCUUUUAAAAAGGAAAAACAACUUAAUGUCUCAUGUAUUUCAAGGGGAAAAGGUUGUUAAAUGGGACGUCUCAUAGAAAUAUGGAAAUCUAAGUGUAGUCUCAAUUUGAUACUGAUUUUAUGAAUUUUAUGCAUGUCUGAUAUUUUUACAAAAAAAUGUAAAUUGUCUCUUAUUUUCUGAGGAACAAAACCAAUAAUACUUGAAUGAGUAACAAAAACUUUACAUGUAAUUCUUGAACAGCAUAAAUACAUGUAUGAUGCCAGAUCAUUUUCUCAUGAAAUGGUCAGCAAUAUUCUCAAUAUAGUUUUCCAUUUGGAUUGAAUUUUAAACAUAAAACCACUGUGAUAAGUGACAAUACUGACUUAGUAUUUGGAAGAUGAGUUGUCAGAAGAGAAUGAUUUGUAGUGAUUUGUAAACCCCUAUAUAGUCUUAAAGUUUACAAAACUUGUUUAUCCAUAGUUUAUAUGUAUACAUAUAUACAUUGUAUAUAAAUUUUUUAUUUUGUUUAUGUCAUUUUUAUUUGAUUACACCAUUCUCCUAUCUUGUAUUUGUUUGGUUUUAGAUAUUUACUGAUAGCCGUGCUAUUUAGAGUUAACUUUAUUCAAGAUUUACUAAAGAUUUUCUUCUUUAAAGUUCAGCCAAUGAUGUUACAAAACUACCCGUCCAGUAAAUUGCUAUAUUUAUACAUUGUUCUAGGCACAUUUUUUGACUUGUCCCUGGUACGUAGAAUGUAGCUUCAGUCCUUCCUGUGAUCAAAGUUGUUGUACUAUUUGAAAAGUUUUAAAACUUGCUUUUUAUUUUGUGCAAUAUAUCUUUUUAUUUAAAGAAUUCUUCACAUUAGAAAAAAAAAUGUUUAUCAGUGCUAUGCU